AGAGGCCGGGGCAGGCGGUGGCUAGCGGGCCCAUGGCCGAGCUGCACCUCAUCGGGCAGAUCGUGGGAGCCAGCGGCUUCCCCAGCAGCAGCCUCUUCUGCAAGUGGGGAAUCCACACAGGUAGCGCCUGGAAGCUGCUUUCCGGCCUGCGGGAGGGGCAGACGCAGGUGGAUCACCCCCAGCUGGGUGAUGUGGCCUACUGGUCCCACCCCAUCGACGUGCAUUUUGCCACCAAGGGGCUGCAGGGCUGGCCCAAGCUGCACGUGCAGGUCUGGCACCAGGACCCCUUCGGGCGCAGGGAGCUCUACGGCUACGGCUUCUGCCACGUGCCGUGCAGCCCGGGCUGGCACGCGCUGGCCUGCGUCACCUGGCAGCCCCUGGGCUCGUGGCAGGAGCGGCUCUCCCAGCUCUUUGUGGGCGGGGGGCCCCAGCUGCUGAACAGCGACCUGAUCUACACGGGGGCCGACCGGUACCGCCUGCAGACCGUCGCCGCGGGCACCGUGCACCUGGAGCUGGGCGUGCUGCUGCGCCACUUCGCCCGCUACGGGGUGGAGUGCUAGGGAGCGAGCAGGCCCCCGCCGCAGGGUGGGUGCUGUAUGGACCGCCUGGCAUGGGGCGGGGCUCUAGGGAGCGGGCAGAACCC